AUGUGUGUGGGGAAAUGCUCUCGCUAUGUUGGGCUGUCUCUUGUGCUUUUGUCUUUACUGUCUAUUGCUUUGCAACUCUUCCUGCUCUACCCUAACUUUGAUGGCUCCUACCUGGACGAAGGUAACAUCAGCAGUCAUGUUAGAAAAUAUGCAGGAAUUUGGGCUGGGGGAUUAUUGGUUCUGGUACCAGGGAUACAAGCCACUUUGGCUGGAUUUAAAGUGAGAGGCUUGACCUGCUGCUGUACCUGUUGUGAUAUGCUGCUUUCCUUUGUUCUUUCCUCUGUGGCUUUUGUGGGAGCUGCGUAUUGCCUCUUCAUAUCUUCGCAAGGACUAAAAAAUGGCCCCUACUGUUCUUACCAGAAUACGCAGACACACGUAUUGGAAUGGGGUUUUGCUUUUGAAAACAAUGACCCAGGGAGAUGGGGAAACAGCGAUGUUUAUGUGUUUGGCAUUCCUGUAUGGAGCGACAUCUGCGAUAAGCCCCCAAUGAUUGUUCCCUGGACCUUCAGCUUCUUCUUUUUGCUCGGCCUGGUUGGCGUUUUGCAGGUCGUCCUAAGCUUCUUCCAGAUCAUUAAUUCAUUUAUUGGAAUAUUUGGUGGGAGAUGUGAUGGCUACAAGUGGCGUGCAGAUGAUGGCCCAGGUGACAAGAGGAAAGCUCCUGAGACUGGAGGAAAAGAGGAUUCGCUACCAAAAUAGGAAAUGAUUCUUUAUGAUAUUAAGAUGUUGUGCAGUUCUUCUUUAUUCGGUGCUUCAUCUUGGUCUGGCGCAUAACUUCUGAGCUGG